AUGACUGACUCUCCUCCGUCUGAGAAGUAUGAAGCAAAAGUCUCUGCGGAGAGCGUUCGCGCUACUGUCAAGGAUGGUAUACCCCAUUACAUGGGACUUGCUGGGGACAGGCUUCUCUCCGCUAUCACCAUAACUGCUACUCUUGGAUUCCUGCUGUUUGGUUAUGACCAGGGCGUCAUGUCGGGCAUUAUCUCUGCCCCUCAAUUCUAUCGAGUAUUUCCGGAUCUCAAUCCGGACAAUGUUGGAAGCAAACAUUCGUCCACGAUGCAGGCUUUCUAUACUGCUAUCUACGAAGUUGGAUGCCUUACGGGAGCAAUCUUCGCCCUAAUGUACGGCAACAAACUGGGGCGCAGAAAGAUCAUCAUGAUUGGCGCUUUCUGGGUCUCCAUCGGAGCUCUUAUUCAGAUCACUUCUAUGCCUGGGCAUAAAGCCGGACAUCAAUUUGUGAUUGGACGUGUCGUCACGGGAUUCGGAAACGGUCUUAAUACCGCAACGAUCCCCAGUUGGCAGGCAGAGUGCUCGAAGGCUCACAACCGAGGUCUUCAUAUUUGCAUUGAAGCGAGUAUGAUCGCCAUGGGCACUGUCAUUGCGUAUUGGAUCGAUUUUGGAUUGUCCUACAUUGAUACAUCCCUCUCGUGGCGUCUCCCUAUCGGUCUUCAGAUCAUAUUUGCAGUGCUUCUUGUCCUGGGUAUCUCCCAGCUACCCGAGUCUCCGCGUUACCUGUUGUCCACGGGCCAAACCGUCGAGGGAGAACACGUCGUCGCGGCCCUGAGUGCCGAACGCACCGAUUCAGAGGCUACCCAGCAGCAGAAACGCAUCAUUGUUGAAGCCCUUGAGUCUGUUGGAGAACUCCAAAUUAAGCACGUCUUCACCGGCGGCCCUUCACAGCACUUCAGGCGUACGCUCAUCGGAGCUUCCAGCCAGCUUUUUCAGCAAAUUGGUGGAUGUAAUGCCAUCAUUUACUUCGCCCCGGUCAUUUUCCAAACGUACAUUGGUCUCGAGCGAAGGCUUGCACUCAUCCUGGGAGGGGUCAACUCUACAGUUUAUGCUCUCUCUGCCUUUGGUUCAUACCCCAUGAUUGAACGCCUCGGUCGUCGUAAAAUGUUUAUGUGGGGUACUGCUGGUCAAGCGCUGUCUAUGUUCCUCGCAUGCUUUUGUCUCAUCCCCUACAAUGUGGAAGGUGACAAAGAAAAUACUGCCACGUACGGCGCCGUUGUAGCGCUCUUCCUCUUCCUUAUGGCCUUCGGAUGCACAUGGCUCGAAUUGCCUUGGCUUCUGCCGGCUGAAAUUAAUCCCAAUGCUAUCCGUACGAACGCUAAUGCGAUUUCUACCAUGACAAACUGGUUAUGGAACUUUGCCGUCGUUAUGUGGACCCCUCCCAUGCUCGAUAGCUUUGGUGGUUUCGGCACCUUCCUCUUCUUCGGCAUCGUCAACCUUUGCUUCUUCCCUUUCAUUUGGCUCUUCUAUGUCGAGACAAAGGGACGCACGCUGGAAGAGAUAGACAUUGUCUUUGCCAAAGCGUACAUAAAGGGCGAGUGGUACGUCAAGGUUGGUAACGACCUACCCCGGCUCACUACCGAUGAGAUCGAGAAAGAGGCAGUCAGAUGGGGCCUUACAGGUGAUGAGGAGCACCGUACUGGAUCGGUAGCGCCAUCCGUGUGGGAGGAUCAGGGCGUCAGCGAAAAGCCACAGCGUCCUUAG